CGGCAGUGAAUGCUAAGCUGUUUUCUUUCAGUGCACCAGUCAGGAACUUGAUUCCUGAAUAUCUCGACUAUUAGUCUGUCCCUCUGUUCGAUGGGCUCUAGGCUGCUUUGGUAGAUGAUUAGCUCCCUCAGAAGAUCAUGCUGUGUCACAAAGUGAUGAUUGUAGCCCUCCGCAUCAGUCCUGUCAAAAAGGAUAGUGACUUUAAGCACGGGUUCCUUGCAGAGAGCUGAUAGAGGUUGGCCACAGCCUGGAGGCCAUCUUCGUCGAGUUUGUAGAGUUCAGACCACAUGUCAAUUAGGGCAGCUGCAGGGAUCAAAUCGUCCUCAGGAAACAGAGCCAAGUCCAUGAAGCAUUGCUUCACCUUGGGCUGCUUGUCUAAUGCAUCUAAACUCUUCUCAAGGCAACUGUACAGCUCGCUGUACAGCUCACCACCUUCCAUUACGGGUCCAGCUUCGGAUAACGCCAUGGCUCUCGUUCUCCACACCUCAAUGGGCUCUCCACACAGUGAUCUCCCAACAACUGUAAGGGCUAGUGGAAACCCUUUGCAUUCUUUCACUAUCUGCAUUUCGUAUUACAGAUUGAUUCAGGAAAUCGAAAAUUUUCCGUGGAUACUAUAAAGGUAAUGUACCUAUCUCAACUAAACUAUAUAAGAAAGUACCUGAUUGAUGACAUCCUUUGGAAUGUCAGGUUUUGGUUGGUCUGGGAGGAAUGCUGAGUUGUCGAAUAGUGUCCGGGAAUCUUUAUCGUUCAGUGGGUUUAGUUUCUGAUAUUUGUAUUUGGG